AGGUAGUGAUUCACACAGCUAGACGUUAAGGUUUUUGAUUUUACCUCAUUUAAUUGGAUUUUUUUCCGCUUUAAUCGACAUCUGGUUCUGUUUUUAUUAAUAACUGCCGGUGUUGAAGCUACUGUCGUUACAAUGAAGUUAUUGUUACACCCAUGCAUGUCUGGCAGACGGGCUCUGGUGGAGUGUGUUGUGCUGUCUGUUCAAGAUGCAUGUGUGUUUUAUCCGUGCUGCAAAGGCUGCUUCUCAAGGGUUGAUGUUGAGCAGCAGGACACGACGAGAUGCAGAUGCUCUAAGUGUGGUUACAGCUGUUUGAGGGAGCAGGUUGACUACAGAUAUCGUCUCUCACUGAAGGUUUCUCGGAAUGGAUCCAUAUUUGGAGUGACAGUAUUUGGAAGCUGUUUGAACCCAUUCUUCGGCAUUCAUGCAAGUGGUUUGCAGAGGUUGGUGGAAAAGGCUGAUGGCGCAUCAACCAAAUCAACACUGUUGGGGAAGGCUGUCACGGACUGUUUCAUUGGCAGACAUUUCAUCUUUGGUAUAAAGGGAGGUGAAACUGAAAAUGGGCCUUGGUUGGGACGGCCUGUUGCGAAUGGCUCAAACUGUAAAGAAGCAGCCCACUUUAUUGCCAGUCAGAUGAUUCUCCCCAUAGCCUUAGGCCUGGAAGGCUGCACAGUAGUCAGCUAUUAUCGCCUCCUUCUUCAGAAAGCUGCACAAUAUGAGCAGAGAUCCACUGAUCCCAGCAAAAACUCCAGACCCCCAGCAACAAUCCUACUGCCGAUUCCUCAACAUUUCCCAGCCAGCAGCUUCAAUAAUGGCACUCUUUCUCUCUCAGGUCUUCUUUCCCAGUCCCCGCAAAGUUCACAAAACCAAGACAGCACCCUCACUCCCACCCCUCCAUGGCAACAGUCUCUUGGACUCGUCACUUCAUCAGCAGAGCAGGAGGAAGGCUGCAGUACCCAGGAAGGCGGAGAUGAGAACAGCAGACAAACAGACAACAACAACACACCACAUCAUUCUCAGAGAUGCUGCUUGGACAACCAUAAAGUCACAGAGGAGAGAGCGCUGUCACCUUUUCUUUCUUUAGAGUGCAAUCCUUUCAGGAGUCCAUCAUUUGCCAAAUAUCCACGCACAUGUGUUGAGAAAAGUGUUGGAAACAGCCCCAACCUCAAGACUUCUGUCAGUCCCCCCACACCUCACCACGACAGCAAGAGGUUUUCUACAAGACAAUGCACCAAGAGCUUUUUGUCGAGCUCCUUGGCUUGGGAAGAUUUGCCUUUCUCCGAGAGUCUUUCAGAGUUUUUGUUAGAGGAAAAUAAAGACAUUGUUAGUGAAACAGAGCUACAAUUAAAUGUGCAAAAUCAGGAAGAAACGGCAAGAAACAAUCUCACAAUCAGACCACAAGACAGAAAUGUGUCACGUACAUCAACUCCUGUUUGUCAAAGUAACAUGCAGAUUAUAGACUGCCACUCACAGACGUUACGGGAUAUCACCAUUGCACCUAAUGGAGAUGACAGAUAUGAUUUAUCUGACAAGGUAUAUAACAACCCUGUUAGACCGGCAAACAGCAAUCAGGCCAGAAACAUUUGUUCCCAUGAGUGUAAUCAGGAGGAUCAGAGAGCUCAUUCUCUGUCUUUUGAAAGCGAAGAAGAAAAGCAGCUUGAAGUGGAUGCCUAUAAUUGUUCAGCAGACCUCUUCGGUAGCUCACUCUUAAUCGAUAUGGACUCAAACAAGUUCAACACACCUGCGGAAACUGUCAGGACGAACACAGAUGCUUGCCGGCUGUUUUCUACAUCAAAGAAACAGCACCAGAUGAGGGAAACGGCUACACAUUCACCACCAGACAAAAAGAAACUGAGAAGUGCAAAAUGCAAUAACAGAGACAGUUUGAUUCCAACUGAUUUUGACUUUAUCCCUCCCUCUCAGUCCACCCCCAUUGUUAAAGUAGCUGCUGUGAUGGAGUCACCUGCCUCCUUGACAUUAUCUGAAAUCAGUCAGGAUUCUAGUGCUUUUUACAGAAAUCUGCCUGAUGUUGGCAGUAAUAAGACAGGCAGUACUACCUCUUCUCUUUGUAAAUCAAACCAUGCCAGUGCCAACCAGGUCUCCCAGUGUUGCAGAGAGUUUACAAAAGAAAACCUGGUGUGUAGGACGACAUCCAGCAGGCAAAGCCACAGAUUUACCCCUAAAAGGAGGUUCUGGAAACCAAACAAGCAUAAAAACCUCUCAAGUGUCCAGAGAAGCACUCUAAACACCAGGUUAACCAGAAGGAUCAGCCACAAAUGUGACUCAAGCGAUUGUGGUGUGACGGUCUGUGAUUAUGAGGACAAAGAAGCAAUUGUUCCUCCGACUCCUGCUGCUGAAACACAACUGAGCAUGAAGCUCAGAAGAAGAAGGCAGGCUUAUUCUUGGGAAGGGCAGCAGGGAGGUGAUGUUAACUGUAAAAGAACUCUGUUGGAUCAAACUCUCACAUCUCAAACAGGAAACUGUGACAGCAAGACAGUUGAUGAGGGGAGUCAGGAUGGAUCUAAUCGUUACCUCCUUCAUGAUGAGAACGAGGCAUGUGACUUGUCUAGAGACCUGUUCUCUGACUCGAUGUGAGAGAGUUUUUUUUAUGUAUUCCAGGCCAGUGGAGAGGUGAGAGUGCAUCAUGAAUGACAGGUCCAGCAACUGGCAGUGAACAAUGGACGUUGCAGUUACAUGAUAAGCAAGUUAACAAGCCACCACCUCUGUUUUUACAUUUAUUGCAUUCUGCCACCUUGUGCCUCAUGAUGCACGCUAGGACUGGGCGAUAUGGACCAAAAGUCAUAUCCCGAUAUAAUUAGGCUGAAUAUCGAUAUACAAUAUUUAUCCCGAUAUUUUUAUCACAAAAUCAGAGCAAAUGUUCAGUAAAAAGUCAAAGCCAAAUAUGACAUGUCACAAGUAGUUUUAAUGAAACUGUUUAUUUAAGUGAACAUAAAUACUGUACACAUAACGUAACAACAGGAGUCAUUUUUUUUUAAUCAAAGCUGCAUAAAGUGCGCAUUUAAAUAAAAAUAGCCUAUGAAAUAAAAUAGGCCAAUCUUUUUCCAAAAUAAAUAUAUUUAUAUGAGAAAAGAAUAAUGAACAUUACAAAAGAACUAAAUAUGACAAACCCUAGUAAGGGCAGCAUUUAAAUAUAAAGGGGAAAAAAAAUAACUAUAUCGAUAUAUGCAAUAUGGUCUUAUUCCAUAUGACAUUAAAAAAUAAAUCGAUAUAUCUUUUAUAUCGAUAUAUCGCCCAGCCCUAAUACACGCUCAAAUACUGAAAGAACUGCACUACAAAAUGAUAACACUACAAACUCUAUGGACAGUUUAAAGCAAAAUAUUGGUACUCUACUUUGUUCUGUUUCUGUAUUAAACAUCACAACUGACAACAUAUUACUCUUUUCAGUCUGUACUGUUUUUGAAUAGAUAUCAUCUGGUGUCAUUUACACUGAAAACCACUUUUUGAAAUGCAUAAUUUGUUAAAACUGCACCAAGACAAAUGAGAACACUUUGAAAGAGGUUUAUUUGCACAAUAACAAUACAUAAAAUGUCCUAAAAAAAAAGAAGAAGAAAAAUGUGCAUCCUCCUCCUCUUCCUCACCCCUGCAUCUGUCCUGUGGGGCAGUGCCUGUCAUCUGUCACUGAAGUAGAGCAGCUACGCUUCAUCUGGCAGAAGUGUCUCCAAUGUCUCCUUGCCAUCCAGUAUACCAGCCAUCAGUCAGCUCCAGCAAGGUCCCCUGAGUCACUAUCAGUAACAGCUAGUGGUGGAAGAAGUAUUCACAUCCCUAACUCAAGUAAAAGUACUAAUAUCACACAGCAGAAUUACUCCACUACAAGUAAAAGUCCUGCAUUCAAAAUGUACUUUAAGUAUCAAAAGUAAAAGUACUCGUUAUGCAGAAUGACCCCACUCAGAUUGUUAUUUAUAUUCCAAAUAUAGUGUUGUAAUUUUUGAUGCAUUUAUGUAAGCAGCCUGUUUUGUUUUUUUUUAAGAUAAGGCUCAUUUCAACUACUUAAAAUACGAUUAUGUGGGUUAAUUAAUAAAAAUGUCUAAUCACUUUAAAUUAAUCAUAUUUUUCAUGUUAAAUCUCGACCUGAGAAGUAAUAUAACUGGCAGCUAAAUGUAGUGGAGUAAAAAGUACAAUAUUUGCCUCAAGAUGUAGUGGAGUAGAAGAAUACA